AUGUCGCAAGACCAAUCAACUUUUCCAACGAACCAAUAUUUCCCAUAUUGGAAGAAACUGCCGUAUUUGGUACAAAGGGAAGUGGGCUUGAUGCUUAGUUUUUUCGAACGGAGAAUCCCAUUUCGAUGUAAUACGUUUGUCUGGCACGUUGACGGCCUUGGAACACUUCCGGAUAUGUUGGAUUGGAUUGAUAAGGAAACUAUCAAAACAAUAUUCCUGCACGAUACAUUUUGUCCAAGAACCCACACGGAGAUCAAGAACAAUAUGACAUGGAAACAGGCGGAACAUUUGUAUAUUGAAUUUUCCAACGAAAACCCAGGAACACAGGAAAUUGCUCUUCAGAAUACAAACAUCGACUGGAUCGAUUUGUCAAGAUUCAAAAAUUUGGAGCUCAAUAUCACUGGAAUUUCAGCGAAGGACGCUUGGAAGCUUAUCAAAGCAUACAAAACAUGUGAACACCCGAGGGGAAGUUGCAUCAUCGUUAAGAGCCGCAGUGCAAUUCAUUCUAAAAGACUUAUGGCUCUUUUCGAUGUGGAGGUAAAUAACCAGCCUAUUUCGAAUAUUCCGGCGGUGCACACUCAACAAUUCUCAAAGUCUGAUCAACGAUUGGUCCUGGUUGUGAUGAUUCAUCCAAAACAUUUCGAAGGGAUAGUUUGUGGUGUGGACACUAUCAAGGAAGAUGUUCAAUCAGCUACGGGAGGUGUUUUUUCGAAGAAAUCGAACUGA